GGUGUUCAGUGCUAAAAGAGGCUGUGCAAGUUUUCGAUGACCCACAUAUUACUGAGGGCAACCCAGAUCUUAAAGCACAGAUUAGUUGGGAGCUUCUGCCCUUCCUGGUGUUGACCAAUGCUGCGCCCAAGUGUGUGGAGCUGCAGAUGGCAUCUUGUGUUGCUGAAUCCACUUUGCUGUCCCAGCAUCCCCUUACUCAAGGUUGGGCCAAAGUGCUGAAGGAUGUUCUGGUCAAAACCUCUCCAUCAGAUGUGCUCGGUGUGGUCAACCAAAUGCUCACAACAACUCUGAUCAAGAACUUGGCCAACAUGGAUCAUGCAACCAAACGCAGCACUCUGCAGAAUGUGUGUGAUAUCCUGAGCCGUCAGGGCAGCAGUGUGCAGGAGAGAGCAGCAUUUGUGGUGCUCAGUAAUGCACUGCUACAGAGUCUGCCGUCCAUGACGGAGAGUCAACACCUCCACACAGCACAGA